AUGUUGUUCGUUUAUUCAACGAUCAUCUAUAAGACCUUAAGUAUCGAAUGUAAAUAUAACCCUGAAAUACUAACAAACGUCACUUGUCAACUAAAACCAAUUAAUUGGCAGAAAUCGGUUUGCAUAUGGAAUUGUGAUGUUCUGCAGCCACUAAAAAAUGUAACGAUAUAUUUCCAGUUAUUUAAGAAAAAUGGUGCCAAUAACUUUUUACCGUUUCUCUUAAAUACAACUCUAAAUAUGUGUGACGUCAUUAGCAAACGCACAUUUUCCGUUUAUGGUAAAAUAUUGACUAAUAUUUUGAAAGAGAUGUCGAAUCUGAAUCACGAUUGUCCUUACGAGGGCCACCUCAGUCUUUACAAUCUCUAUGUGGACGAACGUUAUGUUCCAGUCACUCUACCACUUGGUAUAUACAAGGCCGUUGUACGCUUUCUGGAAGGUUAUCCCCAGGUAUUUAUCGGCACGGCGGUAUUAAAUUUUGAAGCGAUGGAGAAUCGUGAGAGGCGUGGAAAAGUGAAUAAAAAUUAG